AAUAUGAUUUAUGAAUCUGGGAUCAAAGUGUAAAUUAAUAAAGCGAAAUCGGCACGAGCCCAACACACUUUCAUACUUCAGCGCAAUCCGCCACUAACUGCGGCGGCACGUGUACUUCCCUACGCUUCAUUUGUCAAAACAUAAAAUUUGUUUACUUUUAUCUCUGAAAAGUUGUGCGAUGAAUUUCACCGGCGAUUUUGAUCUUAAGGAAAAGCAGGUACUCGAAGGCCACACCGAUAGGGUUUGGAGCCUCUCCUGGAAACCGGCGACAGGCGUCAAUGAUAUCCCCGCCGUACUUGCUUCUUGUAGCGGCGACAAGACCGUAAGAGUCUGGGAACAGAGCCCCGCUACAGGCUCUUUUCAGUGCAAGGCAGUAUUGGAUGAGACACACACUAGGACUGUUAGGUCAUGUUCUUGGUCACCAUCUGGCAAAUUGUUAGCGACAGCAAGUUUUGAUGCGACUACUGCUAUUUGGGAACGUGUUGGUGAUGAUUAUGAAUGUGUCUCCACUCUAGAGGGUCAUGAAAAUGAAGUCAAAAGUGUCUCUUGGAAUGCAUCUGGCUCACUGCUUGCUACUUGUGGACGAGAUAAAUCGGUUUGGAUAUGGGAAGUAUUGCCUGGUAACGAGUUUGACUGCGUUUCGGUGUUGCAAGGACAUACUCAAGAUGUUAAAAUGGUCCAAUGGCAUCCAUCUAUGGAUAUCCUGUUCUCAUGUAGCUAUGACAACACUAUUAAGAUUUGGGCUGAAGAUGGGGACAACGAUGAUUGGCAUUGUGUUCAAACUUUAGGUGAAUCUGAUGGUGGACAUAUAUCAUCAGUCUGGGCUUUAUCUUUCAAUUUGGAAGGAGACAAAAUGGUUACCUGUAGUGAUGAUCUUACUCUUAAGAUAUGGGGUGCUGAUAUCAUGAGGAUGCAGUCAGGUGAUGGAUAUGCACCUUGGUCACAUCUUUGUACCCUCUCUGGCUAUCAUGAUCGAACAAUUUUUUCAGUCCAUUGGUCGAGGGAAGGAAUAAUUGCCAGUGGAGCAGCUGAUGAUGCUAUUCGUCUAUUUGUGGAGAACAAGGAUAGUUUGGUAUGGAUAGACCUCCUCCCUCUUAACCAUCUUGAUCCCUGAUUCAUUUCAUAGGGC